AUGAUACAAAUACUGAGUCUUAUCACUAUUUUCUUCGUUGCAUUGUUCUUUUACAUAAGAAAACAACGUGAUUCUAAAUUUCGAAGUGAUGUACCUGGAUUAAAACCACAACUCCUAAUCGGUAAUCUAUGGCAAUUGGGUAUUUUGAAAGGUGAAUCGUUGACGAAUGUAUGUAUUAAGCUACGUGAAAAAUACGGUGAUAUUUUUCAAUACUGGAAUGGUCCGAACUGCUUCUUUGUAUUUAACAAAUUAGAGCACGCUAUGCAUGUAUUGCGUAGCAAAAAUAUGACAAAAUAUGAACGAACGGAAGGCGAAAUGAGCGCAUUCCGACCAUUUCAACCACAUGGAUUGGAAGCACUGAGAGGUCAUCAACAUCAAUGCGUCAAACGUAUAUUAAAUCCACUUGUUCAGAAAUCAAAUAUGGCGCAGCAUACAGAUGCAAUACUACAAAGAAUUGACGAAUGGAUUUUGGUGCUCAGACAACAAGGGUUUCAGAGUACACCGAGUUUGCAUACAGAUUUAGUUGAUCGUGUUUCCAUCUUAGCUUUCCAACUUAAUUCUACACAUUUUUGUGCCAACUACAACUUACAGAUUAUUGGAGACAAUGAAGAGGAUGUCCAACGGGCAAAUCGUAUACUUGCAGCUAUGGCAGAUGUUGCUGAGCAUGCUGCAUUAAUUGUGCGGUAUUCUAUUCCGGAUUCAAUCGGUAAUGUCCUGUUUAACUUGAAUUCAAAGUGUCGACGUGCUGUCCACGUCAUGAAACCAUUAGUGGAAGAUAUGAUUGAUUAUUUAGUGUGCCUACAAAGAGAUAGCCAUGAUGAUAUGAGUGACAACAAACCACAAACGGCUCUUUUAGACGCAGCUAAUGUAGCUGUUGAUCAAUCUAGCACAACGAAAGCGAAUGUUGAAGAAAAGAUCUCUAGCUUGUCACGGGAAGUAUUGCGAGAUUGGAUUUUGUCUGUUUUUGGUGGUGCAUAUGAUUCAUCAUCAGCUUACGCCUGGUUCAUAUUUUAUAUGAGUAAAUAUCCUCAGGUUCAGGCAGGGAUUAAACGGGAACUUAAUGAACGCAAUAUCACGAGGAUUACGCCUCUCACUUCUGAUUUAAUUUACAGUCUUUCCUAUGUUGAUUGUGUACUCAAAGAGAUCCUACGUCACGCACCCAUCGUCGAAACGGUACAACGUCAGGUGAUAGAGAACGAUGUAAUCGAUGGCAUCCCAUUAUCUGUUGGCGAUCGCAUAAUGUUAUCCACUCGUAGUAUUCAUCGAAGUAAAAAUAUUUGGCGACAUCCAGCAGGUCCAGACGCUUUUGUGCCUGAACGCUUUCUUGAACACGAUAAAAAUUAUCCACCACAAGCAUUAAUGACUUUUGGCGGUGGUCUCCGCCGAUGCUAUGGCUCAAAUUUAGCUCAAUUUCAUGUGAAGUUAUUCAUAGUACGUACAAUGCAAACACUCUCAUUUCAUGAUGCACCAGGUAAUAGCGGUGGUAGCCAUCACAAUACAUCUGGUUUCCCAAAGGGAGUUAACGUGUAUAUCACGUUUGACGAUGCUGAUAACCAAAGCUGA